AUGGGCGACCAUCGCGGAAUCUUCCACAAGACCACAAUUGAUUCUUUGCAACACGGAAACCUCCAUAUAAACACCCUUGCUGCUGGCUCGAAAAGGUCAUUUUCUGAUACUAUCGGCUCUCACCGCACAGAGUCAAGCAAGCAGGUCCGGUUCCAAAGGGCUUCAAGCAUAGGUCUCGAAGCACCAAGACUUACAGCCAGUGAGAUUAUCUGUCAUGACACUGGCUCUGGUACACUCUCUUCUGAAUUUUCUCAACGCAAAGUGAUAUCCGCAACCCCUACCUCAACUGUUGACCGCGCUCUCUCUCUGUCCUUCUACAGAUAUGGCUUGCCGGAACCUCUGAUAAAUAAUCUAAAUUCGCUUGGCAUCCACUCGCUACACCCGUGGCAGAAGCAGUGCCUUCUUGGCCCUGGCCUUUUGGAUGGCACCAAUAACCUGGUAUACUCUGCGCCCACAGGCGGUGGGAAAUCUCUCGUUGCCGAUGUUCUCAUGUUGAAGCGGGUUCUCGAAGAUAGGAAUGCAAAGGCUUUGUUGGUUCUUCCGUAUGUGGCUCUCGUACAGGAAAAAGUGAGAUGGCUACGUAAUGUAGUUCGUGAUUUAAAGCGAAAGCCAAUUCAAAUCGACGAGCCUAAUGGCAAGCCCCAGGUUUGGCAGAAAAGGCCAGACGAGGAUAACAUCAGGCUUGUCGGAUUUUUUGGUGGUAACAAAAUCAAGUCAAAUUGGUCCGACUUCGAUAUAGGCGUGUGUACGUUUGAGAAGGCAAAUAUGCUCAUUAACACAGCUAUAGACGAUUGCAGUAUCGCAAACCUAAGGACUGUUGUCCUGGACGAGUUGCACAUGAUUGACGAUGAUCACCGCGGUUAUCUAAUGGAACUAAUCGCUACCAAGUUGAUGAGUCUAGAUCAUAACGUCCAAAUUAUUGGAAUGAGCGCAACGUUGGCUAAUAUGGAGCUUUUGUCAACAUGGCUCAAUGCUCGUAUAUACAAGACCUCUUACCGGCCAAUUCCUGUAGAGGAACACCUUGUCCAUGAAGGCAAGAUCUACUCAGCACAAGACACAACCACACUGAAAAAAUCUAGCCAGCUACAACAGAAGUCUUGUAACAUUGCCGACCCAAGCAAUCAACCCAUUAGGACAAUACGAACAAGUCAGCAUAAAGAGUUACAAGAUCCUGUGUUGAAUGCUGUCGUUGCGCUCACCAAUGAAACUGUGAGGUCAGGCUAUGGUGUGCUUGUAUUCUGUGGCAGCCGUCAGGGCUGCGAAUCGGAUGCCCGCGUCAUUAGCAAGGUCCUACCACAGCCUAAUGAAGUAGAUUCUACUAUUCUGGAGAAGCGCUCAGAUCUAUUGGGAGAUUUGCGGAGUCUGUCGAUGGGCUUAGAUCCCAACCUCGCCGAGACCAUUCCAGCGGGAGUUGCUUUUCAUCACGCUGGGAUGACAAUAGAGGAGCGCGACUUGGUGUCUACUGCUUAUGAUAGUGGUGUACUAAAAGUCGUAGUAGCAACCUGUAGCCUUGCUGCUGGAAUAAAUCUACCGGCGAGAAGAGUGAUUCUUCAUAACGCUCGCAUGGGCCGGGAGUUAAUUGGACCUUCAAUGUUGCGUCAGAUGCGCGGGCGUGCGGGGCGAAAGGGAAAGGAUGAGGUUGGCGAGACUUAUCUCUGCUGUCGUACAAACGAUCUGGAAGAUGUGGUCGAGCUGAUGCACGCAGAUCUACCACAGAUCUCAAGCGGUCUCACAACUGACAAGCACCGAAUUCAACGAGCACUCCUCGAGGUUCUGUCUAUACGUUUAGUUAAUUCGCGGGAGUCCAUCAACGAUUAUAUCCGGAAAUCGCUUCUGAAUUGCUCUAGCGAAUCAAGCGUAAUCCAGAAACAUGUUGAAUCUAGUUUGCAGGAUCUUCUUGAGAUGGGGUUCAUUGAGUCUGACGAUUUUGAUUUUUACAGUGCAACCCAAUUGGGUAAAGCUGUUGUUGCAUCGUCCCUCGAGCCUGAGGAUGGUGCCUUCAUCCAUCGCGAAUUGCAGCGCUCACUACAAGCAUUCGUGAUGGAUGGCGAAAUGCAUAUUCUUUACACUUUCACGCCUGUUCAAGAAUUGUCAGCCCCCCUCAAUUGGCAAAUAUUUCGGUCUGAGAUGGAGGCACUUGAUGACAGUGGACUUCGAGUGAUGAGGUUUCUCGGGUUAAAGCCCACUGUGGUCAAUAGAAUGGCACAGGGUGGAAAUCUCAAAGAAUCAAGUCCUUCGGAAAAGGAAACCGCUCGUGUUUACCGAAGAUUUUACCUUGCUCUUCAGCUAAGGGACCUAUGCAACGAAAUGCCUGUGCACAUGGUAGCUCGCAAAUACGAUGUGCCGAGAGGUACCGUGCAAACUCUGGAGCAGACAUGUCAAGGAUUUGCUGCAGGAAUGAUCAAAUUUUGCGAGCAAAUGGGCUGGGGGGCUAUGGCAGCGAUGUUAGAUCACUUCUCGGAUCGACUCAGGGCGGGUGCUAAAGCCGAUCUAUUAGCUUUGGCAAAGAUUACGUUUAUCAAAAGUCGGACUGCCCGAGUCUUCUACGACAACGGUUUCAAAACCGUUGCAUCGCUUGCAAAUGCCGACCCAAGAGAGCUUCUCCCUAUACUCAUGCAGGCGCAACCGACUAAGUUACGAGUCAAAUCUAAAGACGAGCAAAAGUAUGAAGAGAAGCUCCUUAUCAAAGCUCAAGUCAUAACAGAUUCUGCUAACCGUCUUUGGCAAGUCGAAAUGCAACAGGAUCUUGGAGAGGAAUGA